AUGGCGGUCAUGGAGAUGGAUUGCUGGAAAGGAGAUUGGGGCUUGCCCUCGGUUGAUACACGAUGCCUUACAGUCAUGGCAUAUGCUAAGUUUGCUGGUGCUCCUAUUAAAAUAAAACAAACCAACAACCCAUGGUGGUCAAAAACAGGUGAAUUACCAUUGUACGCAUGGUGGAUAGAUGCCAAGAACUAUGUAGAGUUUACACGUACUUGGUAUGCCAACGCACUGCCAUUUCCAUUUCGUUACUUUAUUCCUGGCAAGCUCCAUAAACUAGCCAAUCAGAGACUAGAAACAUCAAGGGGAGGACCGCACAUGAUGGAGGAGGAGAUAGAGAGUGUUGUUUAUAAAGAUGCCAAAGAAUGUUUGAACUUACUCUCUGCUCGCUUGAGUGACAAGGAGUUUUUCUUCGGUGACACGCCUUCUUCCUUAGAUGCCUAUGUGUUCGGCCACAUUGCACCACUACUAAAAGCACCAUUUCCAAGCAGUCAAUUGCAGAAUCAUCUAAAAGGAUGUCAAAAUUUAUGUGACUUUUGUGGAAGGAUAUUACACAGAUUUUUUCCUCCAGAUCCUGAAGCAGAUAAAACAGAGUCCAAAUUCAGUGCAGAUAAAGAUCCGUUUGAAGAUCCCCAUAAGCUACGAAACCAGAUACUAUCCGUGGGAUUUGCGAUCAUCGCAAUGGUCACGUAUGCACUACUAAGUGGACUUGUACAAAUAGAAACUGUUAACGAUGAUAACAUGGAAGAAUCAGAAUCACCAGAGUUAGAAACAUAUGAAUUUGAUGAGGAAGACGAGGAAAACCCAGAAAAUUAAAGACUCUGCUUAAAUUUGUUUUAUUUUAGUACAAUGUAGAUGCUUUCCUAUACUUAUAAGUAUUUGUAGCUGCUGUCAUAUCUUACAGUGAAGAGCACAAACCUGUGUAUGUUUUAAAUUAUUUAUAAAUACAAAGCGACAGUGUUGCAGCCUGUGUAGUGAAUUACUGGUAAUUACAAGGUAUAGAAUAUACCAUGACUGCUUCACUGAGUAUUAGUCUUAUUUGCUUUUGAAUAUUGUUUAUAAAUAUAAACAUAGGUCUGUGCUCUCCAUUGCCCAAGACUGAAAUAAAAAUUAUGCGAAUUUAUUAUAAACAAUGGACACAAUUUUGCUGGGAGAUACAGUUUAAUCAGUGACUUAAAUGUGUUUCUGAUGAUGCAGGUAGCAGUUGUUGGCACCACACACAUUGUAAUGUUGUGUAAAUAGACGAUACAUGUUAUCCCCUAACAAACACCAAAAUUUGAAUCAAUAACAAAAGUGGUGUGGUUGACAAUUUUGAACACAUUGGGAUGCAGCAUACAAAUCGAGAUAUAGUGCCUAAUGUGUUUUUUCUCCAUAAAUCCUUUUUUUUAUUGCUUAUUUAUGAAGAACACAUCCAAAUACGCCUGGUCUUGUUCAAGGCUAGUAGAAUCAAGGUUGGCUUAAAUUUGAAACCAAUAACGUAUGUUAGCGACCCUUAUCAUGUCUCAGUUUGAAAUGAAAACUUGAAAAUUAUUUUCAGUAAAAUUGUACAAAAGUCUUUCAUAAACAUAUUGAUAACAGAUCACAAGUUAGUUCGGUAAACUGGAACCACAGUUGUGUAAAUUAGAAUUUGUUUUUCUCAACAGAUAAUGGCAUUAUUGCAGAAUGAUGUUGAUACAAAGUACAAAAUGUUAGACAAUUGCC